ACAUGACCUGUCAAGUAGGAAGUAGCGAGGAGCAGCAUUAGCAGCAGCAGCAGCAGCAGCGACGGACCAGAGACGCGACACCGACCGACGGGGCUGCAGUCGUCCGAUCUUCAGUCAAAGUGUCACACGCGAGUCACGACGUCUCUCUCUCUUCAGACGCGUCUCCUCACCAAAAAACAAACAAACUCGGAGCAGUACAAACCGGCCGCAGUCAUGUACGCGAAGCUGCUGUUCGCCGCCGCGGUGGCGGCUCUCAUGUGCGCACCAGCCACAUCAGACUCAGAUGGAUGUUCCGCCCUCGUGUCAUGUGAUUCAUGCCUACAAAAUGGUGAAUGUCUCUGGGUCAACUGCACAGCAUCAUCUUUUGGCUGUCGCAGCGUUUUACUGCUGCCAGCGAACGAGACCUGCAGCAACGCCACCUGCUCAGCUGAAAACUCGUCAAUCCUGACUCCAACUGUCUCUGCAUCUCCGACUGCCUCCCAACCUCUCACAACUCCCAAUACCCCUGCUGUCACGACCGCCUCUAACAGCAGCAGCCCUCAGCCCACCACAGAGAACGGCACCACUAUUGGCCCCACUCCGGGCGGUAACAGCUCCACCCCUACACUCACUACUACAAUUGCAACCAACACAAGUAUCACAGCGGUGUCCCCGACUCCCGCCCCUCAAAAGAACUCGACCUUCGACGCGGCCAGCUUCAUCGGUGGAAUCGUGCUGGUGCUGGGCCUGCAGGCCGUGAUCUUCUUCCUCUACAAAUUCUGCAAGUCCAAGGAACGCAACUACCACACCCUUUGAAGCAGCAACUCAGUGGGAUCGACAUCACUAGACCCGUCCCCACCAACUCGUAACCCUCCAGUGAAGACUCCCCACUCAGCACGCACUCAUCACUCACCCACCACAACGAACUCAAACAGUGUUUCCAGGCAGUUUUUUUCUUUUCUGCUGUUGUAGUCUGUAUGAAGGCACCCACACAUUUUUUAUGGUAUAUCACAUCGCACCAGGUUGUACAUCCAAACAGAUCUCUAGUGAUAUGUUAUUUAAGCCUUGAGCAUAUGGAUUACAUCAUGUGGCAGUUACUCCCACCUCCCAUCAUCCUGUUAGUCAUCCUGCGAAGACCCUUUUUUCCCAGCGAAUCAAGAGGGCCGGUGUUAUUUACAGCGCCGCUCCUCACAACAUGAGUCAAAGAACGAGCCGUGUGUACAGCAGUAGCUUUCGCAACGAUUCCUGGGCGUAGUGCAUUCACAGCAUCUUCUUCAAUCUUCAUUUGGAAACACUGUUUGACUUCACUGCUUUUUCUCAAAAUGUGACGACAGCGAUGAUUCAGUAUUGCUUUCGGCCUGUUGAAUCGUGGGCAGGUUGCCUCCUACCCCCCCCCCCCCCCCCCAUGCAGCUGUAUCCUGUAUAUGUGUUUCAUAGAUGAUGUAAAAGGAGGUCAGGUGACAGGACGAGGAAAAAAAAAGCUACACCCAAUCAUCUAAUGCCAAGACUGGGGGAAAAAAAUGGCAAUUCCUCCGGUAAACAAUCUUAUUUCGAUGGGUGUCUCCCUUGGCAUUUAGGAUUGCUGUGCGUUCUCUGCAGUCGAAUUCCCCUGGGGAAAUCUCUCACCCAAUAGGAGUUGUUAAAAAAACAUCACCAACGCCACCAACUGCCAGUUGAGCAGCUCAAUGCAAUAAAUUAUAUAUUAAGUUCAUUUCCCGCCCAUUAAUCACCCAACUGUUAUUCAAAUCGUACCCACGCGGACUGCCAAUGUCGCGCUGUCCCGUCCUUGUGUGGCGUCGACAAAAAAGGGUGAAAAUCUGCGCAGGCGAUUUGAAGAAUAUUUCAGAAAUAUUAAUUAUUGAUUUGUUUAGACGAUGUAUAAAAUGGAGAGUGGGGGAAGACAAAGAAAAUGGCAUGCACCUUUCUGGAUGUGGACAGUGAUAGCAGUGAAGUGCCUUUAAUGUCCAGUGUGACUCAAGAGAGAGAAAUGGAAGAGGAUGAAUCUUUUCUUCCUGGUCGAGGCCCCGGGUUUUUGUUAUUAGUUUGCGUGUAUCGCGGCGCUGAUAUUGGUGAACAGUGAGAUGUGUAGUGUCCCAGCUGGACUGAAGAGCCUUUUAUUGUCAAGGAAUAAGGCAGAUAGUCACUUGAGGGCCUUGAUCAGCCAAGAAUGAAGUUUUCCCCCCUAUAUUGAGUGACCAUAGUUGAAGACAACUAUGGUCUUGUCACCGGUGACCUUGUAUUAGUAGAUCAUUUAAAAGGCGCUCUUUGUUUUGUAGCUCCUAAUGCUGCUGCCCAAAUGUCCUCCCGUCUCACUAUUAAUGUUUCAGAAAUCAGCUGUAAGUUGUGAUUUCAUUUCAAGAACAUGUACCAUGAGCUGGCAGGACAUUUCAGACCGGAGCUGUUGGGUGCCGUGAUCCCUGGAGUGAACCUUUUUUGUAAAGAAAUGGCAAACAUACCGGGCCUAUUUAAGUACUGGAGAGUGUUUUGAGUUCAAAAAUGUUGGAAUGUGUGAGCUCUGGUUGGGUCAAAUGAGCAUUGCACCUCUUGAUACCUGACUUUGCCGUUUACGUGAGAAGAUUGCCAACGAGUGCAAAAUUGCAACAGCUAAGUGGCCAGGCGCAUGUCGGCUUCUCUAAUUAGCUUGCUGCUAACUGUGAUUUUUUUUUUUUUUCUUUCAUUUUGUCUCUCCCCGUCCUGUUUCUGUUCAUUUCCUAGGUUUCACCUCAAGGAAAGGCUAAAUGAAGGAGCGUUUAUCAGGAUGUUUUUGCCUGUAGCAGCUUGUGAGUGUCAAGAAUGUUUUUUUUUGUGUUUUUUAAUUCUUGCAUGCUGAAUGCUUGGAGUUAUGAUUCUUUUUCAUUCCAUGGCGUACACUCUUAAGGGGUUCAGACACUUAAAAACCACUCGAUUAUUUGUGACUAGCCCGUUGCUAGUUGAAAAGAAUGCCUUGAUGCGGUGUGCAUUACGCCAAAGGUUUUGGCAUUGGGUUUGAGCAUUUCGCUGACAAGCUUUGUUUAGUUACGUUGUCUUUGUAAAUGUUUUCAUGGUCAACCAAAAGGGUAAAAAAACAAACAAUCUGAUGCUUGUAUAAAAACUCAAGUCUUGAAUAUUAACCAGAUUAAAUACCACCUUGUUUUGUACGAUCACAAACGGAUAUAAAUUCAUGACUGCAGAUGUUUCCCCCCCCCCCCCCCUCCUGUAGUUUUGGCUUGCGUAUAUUUAGGGUUGCACGUUUUUCUGCUGCUCACCAUUGACACGCCUUUUAACCUACAGUCACCUGGUGGCAUUAGGCUACAGCCCAAAGACCCUCCUGCAUGAGGAGUCCCCUCACCCUAAAUUCAGAGAGGUGUUUUGAGUUUUAUACACAGCGGUCGAGUGGUGCAUUGUGUUUCCACUGACUCCAGUCAAGAGUGCUCUCCGCUUUUCGACAUGUUCGCUGCAUUCCUCGACAACACGGCAUCACAUGUCGACAUUGUGGUGAUUUCAAAAACACGUUUGUUAUCCGCGGAUACCAAUAGAUGUCCAUUGUGCUGCCUCUCUGCAGCAUCGUUCCUAACAAGUCACUCAAGUCCCUGCACCACUUUAAGGAAAAGUGCCUUAUUCAGUUGAUAUCCAUAUAUAUAUACACGAUAGAGUUGUAGUUUGUAAGAUGAUAUAAUGCCACACCUCAUAAAUCUCAAUGGGACUCAGCACUUUCAGACGCCUGUGAAGUGGUUUUUCUGUGUUGUAUUCUGCUUCAAUUGUCUUGUCACGCUCAGCCUUAACUUUCUCGAUCAAAUCCACAGAGCAUUUGCACGUGACGAGCUGUCCCGGCAAUUUAUCAGGUUGCUUUUGUUUUUAAAAGUCAAAAUUUGUUGGGACGUACUGGGAAAUUUGCCCUCCUUGAAUUCAAACGGCAUUAAAAUUCCUACAUUUUGACCAAAGUUAUUAAAGAUUAGAAGGGAAUAGAUAUGACCCGUCAUUGUUUUUCGAGUUUUCAACCAGAUCUGGCCCUGGUUGUGUCUCGGACGACUCGUCACGAGCUCAUUGUGCUGAAAUAACUCCUCGGUAUUGUAUUCACAGCCACAGACCAGUGUUCUCUACUGCAACAUUUCCUCCACAAUGCGAUCAGUCAUAUAACUUGAACUCCGCAUUAGUUGUAAUUUUCAAUUGUUACAUUGAAUGACUUGUUUUCUGUCCUUAUUUUUUUUUCUAAUCUUAAAAAUUCCAAUUUGCUCGGUCAUGUCUUGCAAGUGUUCGGUUCCAAGAGCGAUGAGUAAAAAGCUUUUUCGAUUCCCUCCCUUUGCCUUGUGGCUUUAUUGCUAUGUAGUGCCAUAUAUAAAUAUAUUUUUUAACCAGAUACAGGCCAAUUAGUGUUGUAGGUACGAAUUUUUGGCUUUGCUCCAAACCCACUUUAACGCGCACACACACACACACACACACAGAGACACAUCAAUAUGUGUGUAAUAUGUAGACACGUGCAGGUGCUACAAUGCCUCCUGAAUUGUUUUGUGCUUAAUUUGUGCCCUUAUUUUUGCUUCUUCGUUUUUUUUAUGAAACCUUUUUUCUUUUCGCCCUGUUUUCUAGUGUUGCCUUUAGUUUCACAAUGUUAAAUCAAUAAAGUUUGAAUAUUGUUGGAACAAA